AUGGCCAGUCCCGAAGACCCCGUCAUCUCUCUCGAGUACCGUGGCCGGGUCGCGCUGCUCACUAUCGAAAACGACCGCAAGCUCAAUGCCCUCUCACAGCCGCAGUACUAUGAUCUCGCUCAGAAACUGCGCGAAAUCGCGACGCACGAUGAGGUUUUCAUCACCGUUCUGACAGGCAAGGGCCGCUAUUUCUCAGCCGGCGCGGAUGUGACUAUCGCCCGCGCUUCACCCUCGGGGCCGGAUGCCCACAAACACUGGCUUCAAGGCUUCGUCGCCUUCAAUCUGAACAUCACCCAGGCCUUCUACACGCACCCUAAAAUCCUUGUCGUCGGUCUCAAUGGGCCGGUAAUCGGCCUUUCCGCUGCACUUGUCUCUUUUGCCGAUUUCAUUUACGCUACGCCAUCAACAUUCCUCCUGACGCCCUUCUCUUCUCUGGGCCUCGUGGCAGAAGGAGGCGCCUCUCGUGCCCUCAUCCAGCGCCUCGGCAUCAGCAAGGGCAACGAGGCGCUGAUUAUGAGCAAGCGCAUUUCUGCGGAAGAGCUCCUACAUACCGGUUUCGUGAACCGCGUGUUUGACUGCGGCAAGGGUGAGGAUGAGAAGUUCCGAGAUCUGGUCCUGAAGGAAGUUGACGAACGGUUGGGCGAGCAUUUGAUCGGAGACAGCUUGACGGGAAUCAAGGCGCUCAUCAGAAGGCCCGAGAUGGAUGCCAUGGACAAGCAGAAUUCACAGGAGGUGUUUGCAGGAAUAGAAAGGUUCAUGAAGGGAAUUCCACAGGAAGAAUUCCGCAAGAUUGCGAGCGGUGAGAAGAGACACAAGCUGUAG